CGGCGACUGAGCAGCCCUGUCAAGAAGUUUUUGGAGUCCCCGCUGUCGCCUUUACAGUCACUAAUAUCGGAAAUUACACAGUUAUAGACAUAGAGAGGUGCACACAGAGGAGCUUGAGUCAGACGUGGACACAGCCAUGGACGGUGUGUUCGGAUGGGGCCUGCCCCAACUCAACCCAGUCCAAACAGGAAAUGCCUACAUAGAGAUCAUUGAGCAGCCCAAGCAGAGGGGGAUGAGGUUCAGGUACAAGUGUGAGGGACGAUCAGCCGGCAGCAUUCCCGGGGAGAAGAGCAACGACACCACCAAGACACACCCAGCCAUCAAGGUGCACAACUACAGUGGUCCCCUGCGUGUUCGUAUCUCCUUGGUGACCAAGAACGUGCCACACAAGCCGCAUCCCCACGAGCUGGUCGGUAAAGACUGCAAACAUGGAUACUAUGAGGCCGACCUGCAGGAGAGAAGAAUACACAGUUUUCAGAACCUGGGCAUACAGUGCGUCAAGAAGAAGGAUGUGAACGAGGCCAUCAUUUGUAGGCUGCAGACGAAUAAUAACCCCUUCAACAUUCCUGAGGCGAAGGUGUGGGAGGAGGAGUUUGACCUGAAUUCAGUUCGGCUUUGCUUCCAGGCCUGGAUCACUCUGCCUAAUGGGGAGCUCAUUCCUCUGGAGCCUGUGGUAUCACAGCCCAUUUAUGACAACAGGGCACCAAACACAGCUGAGCUGAAGAUCUGCAGAGUCAACCGCAACUCUGGAAGCUGCAAAGGGGGCGAUGAGAUCUUCUUACUGUGUGACAAAGUGCAAAAAGAGGACAUCGAGGUGCGUUUCUUCCAGGACUCCUGGGAGGGAAAGGGAACUUUCUCGCAGGCUGACGUCCACAGGCAGGUGGCCAUUGUUUUCCGAACGCCUCCAUAUCGUGACACUAAUCUCUCUGAGCCAAUUAGAGUGAAGAUGCAGCUCCGCCGACCUUCUGACCGUGAGGUCAGCGAGCCAAUGGACUUCCAGUACCUGCCUGCCGAUCCAGAUGAGUACAGGCUGAGUGAGAAGAGGAAGCGAACAGGCGACAUGUUCCAGAAGCUGGGUCCCAUGCUGUCUACUGUGUCAAUUCCACAAGACAGACGGCACAUAAGCCCAGCGAGGAGAACAGUGACAGCCAAGCCUCCACCGCUGAGCGCACAAGCUGUCCCUCCAGUAGCUGUAGUGCCCCCUAGUGCCGGUGUAGCCAAACUCCAGCCCUCCUACUCCUACUCCAACCAGCCAGGCCAGCUCUUCUCCGUCCAGCCCAAAGUGGAGCCGUCCCCCUCUAUCUCUGCUGCGACCACAAACCAAACCUGGAGGAUCAUGGAGAGCCUGAGCCUGGGCACCCAGCCCAAAGCCACCCCGGUGCCCAACUUCACAAUGAACCAGCCACAAGCCUCCAACUCCUCCUCUUCCUCUUCCUCCGCCACCACAUCCACCACCAACCAGGACUUCUCAACCGUCAACAUGUCAGAUCUUCAUAAAUUCUUCCCCAACAUUUCCUCGGUCAUCGCUCAAGAGCAGGCUGCUUCUCAGGGAGGCGCGGCCGCCUCGCAGACCGGCAGCUCCUUCACCCUGCAGGGCUCUCAGUUCCCGGUGGACUCGCCACUUUUAGACGAUGAUAUCACCGGGUUCCCGAGCUUUGACGAAACCCAGGCAAGAGGCACUCUGGACAGCAUAAACAUGGAUGAGUUUGAGGACCUUCUGAACCCCCCUCUUAUGGGCGACAGUGGAAACAACAUGGUUUUGUCUUCAUGCCAACAAGCUGCCCCCUCUGCUGCUGCUGCCCAGAAUGGUGCAGCCGCAGCCCAGAACUCCUCUGACCCGGUGGGAAACCCGGGCAGCACCUGGAUGAAUUACCCCAACAGCAUUGUCAACUUACUCCAAAACGAAACCAUGGUUAGCCUUCCACCUACUAACAACAACCACAGAGCGCCCAUACUAGACGAGCUGGAUGAGCUGAUGUCAGCUGAUGAGGAUCGUCUUAUAUCCAUCUUUAAUAGCGGGAGCCAAGCCAGGUUUGUCUCAGGACACCCUUAAAGUUUGUCUGAGUAAUUCAACCAUGGACAAAUUUACACAAACCACUUUUAUCUGACUCUUUAGCCUUCAGAAUUAAUCUCCUUUAUAGAAAUUAAAGGAUCUAAGUGCUGAAAAGGACCGAAAUGAAGAAACUGUGGAUAUCAAUAUUUCAGCAAAGACUCUUUGGUGUUCAAUGUUAUUUUUGCCUGAUCUUAGAUAAAACAAAUGAUAAAACAUGCAACUAGGAAUAUGAUUGCAUUAUCUUUGCUAAACUUGUGUUUUUCAUCAGUCGUUAACGUUUUAAACACAUCAGUCUGAUGGUUUUUUUUUUUGCUUUGAAAGGGUGUUUUAGUUAAGAUAUUUACAUAGGGGCCUGUUGCAGAAAGCAAAUUUAGCUCUGACUCUAACCUGUUCAACUGUGAGGCUUGGACGUCAUCUGAUGGCCAGAGGCUCUGGCUGGACUCCUUUAUGACGACUUCUCUUCAGAACAUCUUUGGUUAUCGUUGGCAAGACCGUGGCUUUCCAGGGCCUGAUGCAGCUCACCGCAUACUGGGAGUACAGGACCCAGUGGGCUGGUCCAGAGGGCGACUGCAUGGAAGGAGCAGCUGAGAUGAAUCUUUGAGAGGGGGCAUGGGCCUGGCACAGGUCUGGAGGAUGGCUAUUCAGUGUGCUGAAAUACCGAACCGACUCCCAUACCUGAUCUGUCCUGUCCAGCUAUUAGUAUGGUAACUUUAGAGUAAGCACAUGUAGAAUAUGACCCAUUUUUUUGUUGUUGUAUUACUUCAUACCAGUAGCAGCUGCAGUGAGUCUGACAUUUGUGAAGAAACUUCAGAGUGUGGCCUUUCUAAAGACACCCUGUUUGUGUUUGUACUCCAAAUGGUUCAAACACAGAAUUCAGUUUGAUUUGGGUAUUCCUGCAUAGAUGUUUUAACUAAUUUUACCCACAAUUCUAAGAGGUAAAGUCCAAGGCAUUGUCUGCAUUUAAGAGAGCGCUUUUGCAACAUCCUACCUGUGCGAGGGGUUUUUCUGCCGUUGCCUCAGUUAAGACAAAAAAAGUGAGGGUUAGGGGGCCUGGAUGAAAAAAUUUGGGAACCACUGCCAGAUAGUAAAAUCAUCCCCACUGUCAUUUUUACGCAAGUUAGAUUUCAGCACAGCCACUAUAAUGACCAUGCAGUGACAGGAAGGGGAAAAGGUCUGAAGAUUUUAAUCCAAGUUGAAGAUUUAAACAAUUUUUCUGUAUUGAUAUAAACAUUUAAGAGUACCUGAUUAUCCAAGCAUUAAGUUAAACAGUCUUUCAGUGGGAAUACAGUUGAGAUUCUUAAGGUGUAAUCUUGCUUUCCUCAUUAAAGGUUAACUAAUUUAGAGUUGUGCUCAAAUUGCUUUCUAAACAGUGCCCAAAUGCACAUCCAAAGUCAGUUUAGAUGUUUUACAAUCAGUUAUUCUUUCUAAAACAUUUUUGCCCUGGUUUUUUUACUCUUGCUUGACAUUUUUAGUAGCUCUGGUCAGCGUUCCUAUGGGCAUCAAAGGACUCAAUUUGAAUGUGUGAGCAUAGGCUGCCUUUUUACUGUCCUCAGAGAGCAUUUAAUCAUUUCACUGGUAUUUCUAUGCAUCAUCCUGUCCUUUGGUAUCCCUGUGUCUGUUUAAGGAACUAGCACAGAACUUCCUGAAGCUGUAACUGGAGCAUGACCAACAUCAGAUAUGGUUUAUCAUGGAUAUAUCUGUCAGUAUCGGCUUGUUUCUUUUAAAGGUGCCAUAGCGAAGUGUCAGAAUGAUGUAGUAACGAACCAAAUGAAGGUCUAUGUGUAAAUAAUUAACAAACAAGCAACAUAAAUAAGUAAAUGCUUAUAGCAGAGAGGCAGUUCAUGGAAUUACUUUGUGUCUUGUAAUGUUUUCUUGCUGUUUAUAGGAACGAUGCUGCAAUGUAAGUGAAACGUCUCAAACCUGUCAGCUUGCUAAAUGUAGCAGUUAAAGAUGAUUUCAAUAAAAAUGAAAUGUUUUAUAAAGAUUUGAUGUAAAGAGAAAGUACUGUGCCUUGUUUUUGCCAUAAUGUAUGAUUUUUACAGUCCUACAAUACUUAUCUUGAAAUAAAAACCACAACAUGUUA